AGAGUCCAGCAUCUAUUCUGCACGCACAAGUUGUUCACCUGAAGAGAGAGGAUGGACGCUGCUUACAAGAGGGUCAAUGGAAACUAUGGGCCGGAGACAAAGACAGAGCCAGAUGCAGAGCCAGACACAGGGGAUCAAGGCACCAGGAAGAGAAGGGGCUCCAUGUACCUGGAGGAAGAGACCGACAAGAAGUCAGAAGUGAUCUCCUGCAUCUUCUCCCUGAAGGAGGAGGUCGGCGCCUUAGCCAAGGGGCUCAGGCUCUUUGAGGAGAAGGGCAUCAACCUCACACACAUCGAGUCCCGUCCGUCACGUAUGAACAAAGAACAGUACGAGUUCUUCAUCAGCGUGGACUCCUCCUGCUCCCAGGCCCUGGAUGAAGUCAUCGACAGCCUCCGCACACAAAUCAGCGGCAGUGUGCACGAGCUAUCACGCAACAAAGAGAAGGACACAGUGCCAUGGUUCCCUAAUGACAUCCAAGACUUGGACCGUUUUGCCAACCAGAUCCUCAGUUACGGCUCCGAGCUGGAAUCUGAUCACCCGGGCUUUACAGAUCCAGUGUACAGAGCCCGCAGGAAGGAGUUUGCUGACAUCGCCUACAACUACAGACAUGGCCAGGUCAUCCCUCGAGUGGAGUACACAGAGGACGAGAAGGCCACAUGGGGCAAGGUGUUCAAAGAGCUGAAGACUCUGUACCCGACUCACGCCUGCCGCGAACACAACCGUGUUUUCCCUCUGCUGGAGAAGUACUGCGGCUACAGACAGGACAACAUCCCCCAGCUGGAGGACGUCUCCCGCUUCCUGCAGUCGUGUACUGGCUUCCGGCUUCGCCCCGUCGCCGGCCUGCUCUCGUCCAGGGACUUCCUGGCUGGACUGGCCUUCCGUGUUUUCCAUUCCACGCAGUACAUCCGUCACGGCUCCAAGCCCACGUACACACCUGAGCCUGAUAUCUGCCAUGAGCUCCUGGGACACGUUCCUCUGUUUGCUGAUCCGAGCUUUGCCCAAUUCUCACAGGAAAUCGGUCUGGCCUCCCUUGGUGCCCCUGAUGGGUACAUUGAGAAACUUGCUACUGUGUACUGGUUCACCGUGGAGUUCGGCCUGUGUAAGCAGGGCUCGGAGAUCAAAGCUUAUGGAGCCGGCUUGCUUUCAUCGUUCGGAGAGCUGCAGUACUGCUUGACAGACAAGCCGCAGGUCCACUCUUUCGACCCAGACAAGACCAGCCUCCAGAAAUACCCAAUCACAGAGUACCAGCCUGUUUACUUUGUGGCCGAGAGCUUUGAGGACGCCAAGGAGAAAGUGAGGAAAUUUGCAGGCACCAUCCCCAGGCCUUUCACGGUGCGCUACAAUCCCUACACCCAGAGUAUCGAAGUGCUGGACAACACCCAGCAGCUCAGCAACCUGGCUGACAGCAUCAGUAGUGAAAUGGGAAAACUGUGCGAAGCCUUAAAGAAACUGGAGUAACUGCAGCAGAGAACCUCUCCUCUUCUUCAGUCAUCCGGCACGUCGGCUCAACAUGCUUCCAAACCGUCUUUUUCUUUGUAUUAAAACAUUUAUGCAAGUCACAUAUUGACAAUAUUACUCUGAUCUAAUUUGUGUUUUAGUUUAGGGAAAAAAACAGCGUAGCCUGUUACUUAUGUGCGAUAAUAAGGAACGUGUCUGUAGCAGCUAAAAUAAUAUCAAAACUCUGACAGUAUACAUGUUAUUAGAGAAGUGCUUUUGAAAUGAAGAAUGUUUGCUAGUCCUUUGAAUGAAUUAAAUAUGUGAAUAUCAAACGUUGCUCCUUAUACAAGGCAGAGCAGCUGAAAUAACCAGAUUGUUUUUUUUAGAACAUUUCAAACCUAAAGACAUAUCAAGAGAUAAUUGUUGUCACUAACUUUCAUAUUGCUUAAUGAAGUGUUUUGUUUAU